AUGGCCCUGGACUUCCUGGCGGGCUGCGCGGGGGGUGUGGCAGGCGUGCUGGUGGGACACCCAUUUGACACGGUCAAGGUGAGGCUUCAGGUGCAGAGCCUGGAGAAGCCCCAGUACCGAGGCACUGUGCACUGCUUCCAGUCCAUCAUCAAGCAGGAGAGCGUGCUGGGCCUGUACAAGGGCCUGGGCUCGCCGCUCAUGGGGCUCACCUUCAUCAACGCGCUGGUGUUCGGCGUGCAGGGCAACACGCUGCGGGCGCUGGGCCAGGACUCGCCCCUGAACCAGUUCCUGGCGGGGGCGGCGGCGGGCGCCAUCCAGUGCGUCAUCUGCUGCCCCAUGGAGCUGGCCAAGACGCGGCUGCAGCUGCAGGACGUGGGCGCGGCGCGCACCUACCGCGGCUCGCUGGACUGCCUGGCGCAGAUCUACCGGCGCGAGGGCGUGCGCGGCGUGAACCGCGGCAUGGUGUCCACGCUGCUGCGCGAGACGCCCAGCUUCGGCGUCUACUUCCUCUCCUACGACCUGGGCACCCGCGCGCUGGGCUGCGAGCCGGGCGACGCGCUGCUGGUGCCCAAGCUGCUGCUGGCGGGCGGCACGUCGGGCAUCCUGUCCUGGCUCUCCACCUACCCCGUGGACGUGGUCAAGUCCCGGCUGCAGGCCGACGGCGUGCGGGGCGCCGCCCGCUACCGCGGCUUCCUGGACUGCGCGCGCCAGAGCUACCGCGCCGAGGGCUGGCGCGUCUUCACGCGCGGCCUCACCUCCACGCUGCUGCGCGCCUUCCCCGUCAACGCCGCCACCUUCGCCACCGUCACCAUCGUGCUCACCUACGCGCGCGGCCCCGAGGACCCGGCCGAGGACGAGGGGGUGCCCGCCGCCGCCCCGGGGUCCGCGCUGGCCCAGCCCUCCAGCCUGUGA